AACCUGCAGUACACUGACUCCAUUACUAAGACACACCUCCAUCUCUGCCUCACCACUCCCAGACACAAUCCCCGCCUGCCGCAGCAGCAGAAUAUCCUGGAUACACUCAGCAUGUCUUGUUCAAACAAGCCAGCUUUCUGUUAACUCAGACUGGGAAGGGUAGUGAAGGGCAGAAAGGUGGUGACUGGCAUUCAUGUGCCAAAACAGCUUUGCAGCCAUUUUCUUUCCUGAAGCUUGAGGAUCUGGGUUGGUUGGUUGUGGUGUGAGUCAGUGUCAUCUUACAUCCUGCAAUCAGCCUGUGUGUGUGCUGGAGAUACGGCAGCAAAGUGUGGGGCGGCAACAUUGAAUGGACACAACAUGGGGUCAGAUGAGGCCUACAAUUUUGUCUUUAAGGUUGUUCUAAUAGGAGAAUCUGGAGUAGGCAAGAGCAACCUGCUGUCCCGCUUCACCAAAAACGAGUUCAACCAUGACAGUCGCACAACCAUCGGGGUGGAGUUCAGCACACGGACAGUACAGCUCAGCAGCUUCACCAUCAAAGCUCAGAUCUGGGACACAGCCGGACUGGAGCGAUACCGAGCCAUCACUUCUGCGUAUUACAGAGGGGCUGUUGGAGCCCUGCUGGUCUAUGACAUCACCAAACACCUCACCUAUGACAGCGUGGAACGCUGGCUAAAGGAGCUGUACGACCACGCUGACCCCCACAUUGUGGUCAUGCUGGUGGGAAACAAGACUGACCUGGAGUCAGAGAGAUCUGUGCCCACUGAAGAAGCCAAAGAUUUUGCAGAAAAGAAAGGUCUUUUGUUUCUGGAGACUUCGGCUUUGGCGUCAACUAAUGUGGAAGCAGCAUUCAACAAUGUCCUUGCAGAGAUUCACAGGAAGGUGAGCAGUAAGGAAGUGGUCCGGGGCUCUAUCACUGCUGUGUCCUUAAACAGCUCCAGAGCAGAGAACACAGAGGAGAAUAAACCCUGCUGCAGAAACAUCUGAUUAAAUCCUACUUCAGGAGCGCAGAGGCCUCAGGAUGGGUGUCAGGCAAACUCCUCCUUUACCCACAACCCUGAGCAAGAGCCCAACGAGAGGCAAGCAGCACGGCAACCUUGGGCAUCACUAUUAAUGGUCCUGGCUUAAAUGAUAGCACUUUGAAAUGACUGAUUUACAAGAUGUACAAGUUGCAUGGUGGCAUGAUGCAUUCAAAAGAUGAUUAAUAAAUGUGAACGAAUGUAGCUGGAAAACAACAUCAAUCUUUCAAGAGUCCCUGCUGACUAUUAAGCAUAUACUGUAGGUCACUGGUAAAACACCAAACUGUGUUACCUGUAAGAAAAUAUAUUUAUGAUUUAUGCAGAAGAUAGGACAAACUGAGAUGCAUCAUUGCGUGUACUGUUUUAAAUGUAAAUGAUACAUGUUUUUUCUUAAAAUGUUUGGUUGGUGGCUAAUAUUGUAAGUACUGACUGAGUCUUGCUGUUACUGCUAUGCUAAAGCUGAUGAGACUGAUUGCAUUUCUGUUCAUAAAUAAAUGCUUU